AUGAUCCCCACCGCAGUCGUUACCGUAGCCGACGGAGACAUAAUCCGGGAAUAUGUAAGGUCGUCUCAAUUCCCAACUGCUAAAAUUGAAUUCAAGGGAACAGUAAUCGGAACUUCUCCGUCUGCACCGCGUGUGGCCGCUUUCUCAAGCCGGGGGCCCAAUUACUUGACGCCUGAAAUUCUCAAACCAGAUGUGAUUGCACCAGGAGUUAACAUUCUAGCCGCCUGGAUUGACACAAAAGGCCCCUCCCAAACCUCCACUGAUUAUAGAAGAACGGAGUUCAAUAUUAUGUCCGGCACCUCCAUGGCAUGUCCUCAUGUUAGUGGGUUGGUUGCCAUGAUUCAAAAGCUCUAUCCACUUUGGGACCCAGGUGCCAUCAAGUCUGCACUCAUGACAACAGCUGUCACUGUGGAUAAUUCCGGGAGGAGUCUCAUAGAUCUUUCCACUGGACAAACAUCCGUGCCCUAUUACCAUGGAUCUGGACACGUUGAUUCAACCAAGGCAGCAGAUCCCGGUCUGGUCUAUGAUACCGGAAUUAGUGAUUAUGUGGAUUUUUUAUGUACCAUUGGGUAUGAUAGCCAGAAAAUCGCGUUGUUCCUGCGGGAUGGUCCUCCAGUGAAUUGCAGCAACCGAAAUUUGGGUAAUCCUGGCUCUCUAAAUAUCCCUUCCUUUUCCGUUGUUUUCAAUAAUAAUCUCAGGACAGUAAAGUACAAGAGAAUGGUUAAAAAUGUUGGAAGCAUCAAGAACCCUGUUUAUAAUGUAGCUGUGACUAUUCCUUCCAACGUUCUUGUGACUGUGUCACCAACCAGCCUGGUGUUUAGUGAGACAAAUAAUAUACUAUCUUAUGAGGUAACUUUUACAAGCGUUACACCAAUUGACUCGGUAUUCGGCUCAUUAGUCUGGAGUGAUGGGACGCAUGCCGUUCGUAGCCCAAUAGCUGUGAUUUGGCAAGGAGUGACUUUGCAGUCUGAAAUCUAA